UACCCUUCAUGGACAGGAUCAGAGCAAAAUUAGUAAGAUAAUUGCUGGGGUUUCCCCCCAAAGUACCCAUGUAUGUUAUCAACCCAGACCAAAUUUACAUAGCGCUGUAGCACUUCAUACGUUUGACGCCUGGCAAUGGCUGAAGUUGUCAAAUUGAUGAACUUCAAGCACAGCCCCACACACGCACACGGGCACGCACAGGCGUAGGGGCUCUACUAUUCCAGCACGGGCUCCUUCGCUAGCUUUCUUUUGUUUAGCCGAGAUAGCUGUUAUCCAUAAGGAGAUGUGAGUGGUUGCGACUCUGCAUCAGGAAGCAUUCAGAUGUCCGGUGCCUUGUGAAACUGGGUUGACACCAACAUGCUUGUGCCGUAGUGGGGAAGCCUUGGCACAGAGGACGAUGAUAUCGACCUGGUGUUACAUUUAGUCCCCCUGCUCCGCAUUUCUGAAGCUCUCGUCAGUGGAGGGGAGAAAAAAAGAGAAGAAACGAGACAAAGAGACCAUGUUCAGGCAACAAGACAUGGGGAAGCGGCGUGGGACGAGUUCUCAGCCGGUAACGCGAGUUCGAGAGGUGGAGGUGGCGCGUGGUCGCACUGGCUAUGGCUUCACACUCUCAGGCCAGGCGCCAUGCGUGAUCAACUGUGUCCUGAAAGGCAGCCCUGCAGACUAUAUGGGUUUGCGUGCCGGGGACCAAAUCCUCAGCGUGAAUGAUAUCAACGUGUCCAAGGCCUCCCAUGAGGACGUGGUGAAGCUCAUUGGACGCUGCACUGGGGUGCUUCACCUGGUCGUGGCAGAGACCCACCAACGCCACCAGCAGCACCACCACCACCAUCACAGCCAUUAUCACAACCACUCUCACCCACAUCACCAUCAGCAUCCCGACUCUUGCUCCAGUGAUGAGGAGCUGGCCUACCACGAUCCUAGGGGGGCCUGGCCCACGCGGCCCAAGGUGGACUCCAAGACCCUGGGCAUCAACCGGGCAGAGCGCGUGGUGGCGGAGAUGCAGUCCGGGGGGAUCUUCAGCAUGAUCUUCGAGGGCGCCUGCUCUAGCCACUCGUCCAGCAGCUCUGAAAGGGCAGGCGCCGUCUCGUCCUCGCCUGCCAAACCCAAAGGCAACAAGCCCCGUCCCCCAUCCGAGUCAGACGCCUUCCCGUACCAGGACCCCCGCAGGCACCGCAGCCAGCCCGACCUGUUGUCCGAGGAGGAGCUGGCCAAAGUGUUGCAUGCUGACGACUCCGUCUUCCUGGAUGCAUUUGAAGUGGCUCCUGCAACCGCCGGCCCACCUGACUCCCCCGGCGACGGCAUCCUGAACGUUGGUAUGGUAGUGGGCUACCUCGGCUCCAUCGAGCUGGCCUCCGCCGGGGGCAGCCUGGAGAGCGACAGUCUGCAGGCCAUCCGCGGCUGCAUGCGGCGACUGCGUGCCGAGCAGAAGGUGCACUCCCUGGUGCUGCUGCAGGUGAUGCUGGACUGCGUGCGGCUGCGCAGCGAGCGGGGCCACGUGCUCGCCACCUACCCGGCCGAGAAGCUGGCCUUCAGCGCCGUCUGCCCCGACGACCGCCGCUUCUUUGGCCUGGUCACCAUGCAGGCCACGGACGAGUUCCUGCCCCGCGACGAGGCGGACGAGACGGAGCUGCGCACCUCGUGCCACGUCUUCCUGGUCGACCCCGAGCUGUGCCACCACAAGGUCCACCAGAGCAUCGGGCGCCGCUUCGGCUUCGACUGCACGCCCGAUCCAGACACGGGCGGGUGCCUGGAGUUCCCGCCCACUUCCCAGCCCCUGCUGCAGUUUGUCUCCGUGCUCUACCGGGACAUGGGGGAGUCCAUCGAGGGAGUGCGAGCGCGGGCCUUUCUGGACAACGGCGGCGGCGGAGUGGUCGGAGCUGCUGCUGCGGGUGACAUGGACGCCCAGCAGAACAACAGCACCAGCAGCAACAGCGACAGCGGCAUUGGCAACUUCCUGCCCGAGGAGAAGAGCAAUCGCGUGCUGCUGGUGGACCUGGGGGCCAACCCCGGCCGCCACGCCCCCUCGGGGCCCUGGGAGUUUCCCCAGCCAGCUCGUAGCGCGGCCGGUGGUGCUCACGGCCCUGCCCCUCCCCCGCCCCCUGCCUCUCACAGGAACGGUUACCGGCACGAGCCUCUCUCUGACCUCGCCGACGCACCACCCCUCUCUACCAGACACCUCAGCGUCUCGUCCAGGAUGGAGCUUCAGGGGCCCCCGUCCCGCUCGCACUACUCCAAGAAGGCAGCAGCCACCGCAGCAGCAGCAGCAGCAGCCGCUGGUGCCCCGGGAGGGGGAGGAGGAGGAGGCGGAGGCGGAGGCGGAGGCAGCAGCGGUGGUAGUGUUGGUGGAGGUGGCGCAUCAGGGAGCCAGCGCUGGUUGCCGGUGCAUGUCCUGCGAGACUGGAGACAGCAGCAGGGCCACAGCAGCGAUCAGGAGUCCACGUACGCAGAGUCCACUGACGGCUGGUCCAGCGCCAACUGCAGCACUCUCCCGCCACCCAUGAACAAGAUCCCAGCCGACCGCUACCGGGCCCCGGGGGAGAUAGUGGCGGCGGCCACCUCGCAGCCCCACCGCCUCGUCACGCACAAGGAUGAGUGGACCAAGAAGCUGUUCGGAACCGACAAGGGACUUCGCGACCAGCAGAACGGGGCCAGGGGCAAAGAUGGUCGGGAGAAGAAGGGUGGAAAGUUCCGAGGCCUGUCCCUAGGCUUCCCUCCUUUACCCCAGCGUCACCGUUCGUCAGGUCGGCGCUCCUUUGGUCGCUCCAAGCGCCUCAGUCUGGCCCGCUCACUAGAUGACCUCGAGUCUGCAGCGGUCUCCGAUGGCGAGCUGAACAGCGUGGACCUGAAGGGCUGUGGUAGCGACAACAGCCUGAACAGCAACGCCAGCCUUCCCAGCGUGCAGUGCCACCGGCGGCACACGGAGCGCCGCGUGGCAUCAUGGGCCGUCAGCUUCGAGCGCCUGCUUCAGGACCCCGUCGGAGUCCGAUACUUCUCAGAAUUCCUGAAGAAGGAGUUCAGUGAGGAAAACAUCCUGUUCUGGCAGGCCUGUGAGUUCUUCAGCCAUGUUCCAGAGACAGAUAAAAAGCAGCUCUCUCAGAGGGCCAGGGAGAUCUACAACAGCUUCUUGUCCAGCAAGGCCACCACUCCAGUCAACAUCGACAGCCAAGCUCAGCUGGCUGAUGACAUCCUCAACGCACCCCGGCCGGACAUGUUCAAGGAGCAGCAGCUUCAGAUUUUCAACCUGAUGAAGUUUGACAGCUACACACGUUUCCUGAAGUCGUUCCUGUACCAGGAAUGCAUGCUGGCGGAGGUGGAGGGCCGGCCGCUGCCAGACCCCAACCAGAUUCCAAGCAGCCCCACCUCCAAACACAGCACCAGCUCAGACCGCUCCAACUUCUCCACACCCAAGAAGGAGGACAAGAAGACCAAAUCUGGGCGAUCCCUGAACGACGACAGCAAGGAUGAGCAGUGUGAUAAGAAGAAAGGCAUCUUCUUCUCCUGGUCGCGGAACAGAAGCUUCGGAAAGGGCCCCAAGAAGAGAGACUUGUGUGACUACAGUUUCACGGGCAGUAAUGGCCGACGGGAAUCCCAGGGCUCUCUGUCCUCAGGAACCAGCUUGGAGCUGGGCACUUCAGGCUCGGGCAAGAAUGAGGGUGACUCGUCUCGUAACUCCAUGUCCCUCCUGGAGCGCGCGGUGAGGCACUGCAGCAUCAACCUCCCGGACGGCUCCUGCUGCUCGGUGCCCAUCCGGCCGGGGCUCUCCAUACGGGAGGUGCUGCAGGGGCUCUGCGAGAAGCUCUCCAUCAACCUGGCCGCCGUCGACCUCUUCCUGGUGGGAGGAGAGAAGCCUCUUGUGCUUGACCAGGACUGCAUGACGCUGUGUUCACGAGACCUGCGACUAGAGAAACGCACUUUGUUCAGACUGGACCUGGUGCCAAUCAAUCGAUCAGUGGGCCUGAAGGCCAAGCCCACCAAACCAGUGACCGAGGUCCUACGUCCCGUCGUGGCCAAAUAUGGGCUUCAUUUAGGCGACCUGGUGGCCAGAAUAAGUGGAGAAAAGGAGCCCCUAGACUUGGGUCUGCCCAUAUCUAAUCUGGAUGGGUUAAGAGUGGUGUUAGAUGUAGCUGAUCAUGCUGCAGGAAAAGCAGUGAUGGACAAGCAGAAGCUGACCUCCUCCAAGAGCCACGGCCCGCCCCUCAGCACCCGAAGUCAAUCAGCAACAGGGGACGAGAAGGCAUCAGGGAACUCCUCGUCUGUCAAAACCCAGCUGCACGUGGAAAAAAGGCGGCAGAAAAAGAUUAAUAUAGACGAAGCUGAAGAAUUCUUCGAGCUCAUAUCCAAAGCUCAGGGGAAGCGAGCGGACGACCAGCGAGGUCUGCUAGACAAGAGCGACCUGGCGCUGCCCGACUUCUUGCGCCUGUCCGACGGCGAAAGCGACCCGACCGACGGCGGCCGGCAGCGUCGCCGCGGCAACCACCUCCACCACCUCCACCCCACGCCCCUUCUCUCCUCCACCCCUGCCGCCGACCGGGCCCGGGGAGGAGGGGGGCGGGAGAACGGCUCGGCCCUCAGCGCCAGCCACCAAUCGCAGAGCCUGGACUCGGGAGUGACGAACAGAGAGGCUCGGGGGGGCCGGGCCGGGCCGAGGCGCGCUCUCAUGCCCCCUGCUGGACACCGCCUGCAUCAUUCCCAGCAGCAGGCCCCCUUCCUCCCCUCCUCCUCCGCCUUCUGCCCCGUGAUGGGGCACUCCGCCGAGGCACGGGGCGGCCCCCCCUCAUCAGACUGGUCCGGGGGCGGGGAGGGGGGAGUGGGGCGCGCCCUGGAGGACGAGGACAGCAUGGCGGACCUGACGCUGGUGGGGGAGGGGGACAUCAGCAGCCCCAACAGCAGCCUGCUACUGCCCCCCCACGCCGCCAUGUCUGAUGAAGAGCCCUGUCGCAGCCACGGCUACAGCCCCUCCGCAUCCGCAUCCGCAUCCGCAUCCGCAUCCGCCAGCCAGGGAUGGGCCGGAUCAGGUAUCUCCUCGGUGUGACCCCCCCCUCGAGCAUGCGCCUACAGUACACACCCCCACCUCCUUACACAUGCUCACCUGUGUGUGGGUAUGCGUAUAGGACCGUGUGUGUGUGUGUGUGUGUUAGUGUGUGUGUGUGGGUGGGUGUGUUUGUGUGUGUGCAGUAGUGUGGAUGCAUGCACGUAUGGUUUGCCUCUCUCUCUCUCUCUCCCUGACCACUGAGAAUAUGCCAUCAUCUUUCAUCCAGUGCUAAAACAACUCCCACCCUCACCCUCACCCACACCCACACCCACAUCCCUGUCUUCAAUGUCACUCAAUUCCACUCAGAGCACAUGCCUGCCCUGUGUAAAUAUACUCGUCAAUGCACUUUAACAAUCAUUCUGAGAAAGAGAUUUUUAUUUCAGUAUCAUUUCCACUUAAAGAAACUAUUGAUGAUGUUCCUCCUCAAACCACCCCCUGCCCCACUUUAACCCCAAGACAUCACACAAACACAACAGGACACUUUAGUCGCUGCAACUCUUUCAUGUUCGCCUCCGUCCCAGACCACACAAUAGCACCUCUGUACGUCCAGUGUAGCCGCCACCGUUGUACCCGGCGCUGCUGCAGGCUCCAGCCAUUUAUUACUGCCUCUACAUCCACCCCCCCCCCCCCCCCCCUCUCCCGUCCGGGGGCUGUUCUCAUGACAGCACGCAGCACACAGCACUGCAGGUUCUGGGGAGUGAAAGAGCAGCAAUCAUGUGAUGUGGUGUUUCUUUUCUGCCACAGACUCGGCUCUGUACAUAGAAGACUCUCGCGCCUCUCGACUCUCGCACACCUCACAGCCUGUAAAUAAAAAGGUGUCGCUUGCCUCACUAAUGUUUAGGAGGCAAGGAUGUUACACACACACACGCGCACACACACACACACACACACACACACACGCAUACACACACACACACACACACACACACACACACACACACAUUCACGCACUCACUCUCACACUUUUAUGAAUAGCCUCAAACUACACGUGAGAUGCAGUCCACUUUUGAAAACAUCCCUGUAGAUAGUUGCUACAGAACAGGGGUGAAUUUCUCUAAACCAUAGUUGCUAACUACGUCAGCUACUUUGUUAGUUGCAUUGCAAUUUCCCAUUGGCAACUACCCAAGUUGCUAACUGCAAACAACUACGCUUUUGAGAAAUGCACCCCAGAUCCACAAGCCUGAGCCUGGACGUACGCACAGGCUGGUAUUGAUCCGACCGUUGGAUCGUACACCAAGGACAUUUCCCAUGCCUAAUGACUAACUCGUGUUUAAUGGAAACCUUGUAUUCAUCUUCAAAUCAGGUACUGCAUGCUGUGUCACGGCCUUACAUGGCACAAAUGCUUAAAAUACAUCCCCUUUUCCUCUGAUACUCACACACACACACACACACACACACACACACACACACACACACACACACACACACACACACACACACACACACACACACACACACUUCUCCAUCCAUGGUGGCUCUGAACCUUCCCACGCCUCAUAGCUAAUUGGUGCCAGUAGCCAGUCCAGUUAAAUGAAGCCCCAUCGCUGCCAAGCCCCCUAAUCACCAAACACCACAUGACCAUGACCCUUCCUGUGCCUCUCUCUCUCUCUCUCUCUCUCUCUCUCUCUCUCUCUCGCUCUCUCUCGCUCUCUCUCUCUCUCUCGCUCUCUGCCUCUCUCUCUCUCUCUCUCUCUCUCUCUCUCUCUCCCUCUCUCUCUCUCUCUCGCUGUCUAUCUCUCUCUCUCUAUCUCUCUCUCUCUCUCUCUCCGAUCACUCCACCACUCCACUCUGCAGUCCAUUUCUGCUGUUGUUCCAUCGUUAUUUUCCUGAUAGAACUGCAAUUCAGCAAUGCUACGUAAAUGAAUGAUAAUGCUGUCAUUGCCUUUAAAAAAAAAACAAAACCAGACCAUGGCCUUGAGAAUAGAGCCUCUUGCUGUUGUGUUUUUAAAUAUAUAUAUAUAUAAACAUUAUGUCAUCAUGUAAUAUAACACAGAGAAAUAAUUUAUCUCAUGUUGUUUUUAAUGUCAUUGUAUUAUUCUGCAAAGUGAACGAGUACUAAUUGUGUACAUAGUUUUAUUAUUACUUUUUCUCCUGUCAUUUGUAUUAUUUUUGUAAGCCAAUGACUGUCAUUGUUGAAUUGCACGCCACUGCUCCUCUCUCAGUCCCCAGUAGGUGCUUUCUUCUGUUUCCGUAGACGACAGAUCUGCUCGGAUUGACCUUGUUGUGUUUUUGUAGCCUCUGUAAAUAGACCUCUAAUAAAUGUUCUUGGGUGGAAACACCCUCUCUCUA